UUGGGCGGAGCCCGACCUUGCCUUCCUCUUCGAUCUAGCCAGGUUCUACUGUUUUUCUACUGUAUUUCUCCAGCUUUCUUUACAGUAACAUAGACAAUGGCUGUAAAUCCUCAAGAUUUCGAGCAGUUUACCCUGAGACAAAUUCGCAUCACGGGGAAUGAGUUUGGACGUGGUUCCCACGCUGUUGUCGUGGAAAUAGAGUAUCGAGGACUGAAAUGUGCCGGCAAGAAGCUUCACCGAGUUCUCUAUGAGACUAGAAUCGGGCAUACAGCACAAAGGUAUCUGGAGGAGUGUCACCUGCUCAGUCAAAUUAGGCACCCCAACAUUAUCCAGUUUCUGGGAGUCUGUUUUGAGGAAGGCUCUCAGUUCCCAAUCCUAGUCAUGGAGUUCCUCCCCACCAACUUGACCCGCUGUCUCGACCGCUACGGUAUUUUCCCCGAUGAGAUUAACUUCUCCAUCCUCCAUGAUGUCUCACUGGGGCUGGCCUACCUCCAUGGCCAAACACCAGUCAUUAUGCACAGAGACAUCUCAGCCAACAAUGUCCUCUUGUCCACUAACAUGACGGCCAAGAUAUGUGAUCUGGGGGUUGCUCGAAUAUUGAACCUUCAAGUGAGUCGAAUGAUGGAGACCCCUGGCACCCCAUCGUACAUGCCCCCCGAAGUGAUGAUUGCCGACCCCCACUAUGACACCAGUGUGGAUGUUUUCUCCUUUGGGAUCAUGAUGAUUCACACCUUCACAGCAGAGUGGCCACUACCAAAGAUCGGCCCCAACAGAAUCGAUCCUGCUAAUCCUGACAGACUGAUACCAGUGACGGAAGCUGAACGACGUGAAGAGUUUCUUCGAAAGAUUCCGCCAGAUCACCCUCUGAUGGACCUCAUCAUGCGCUGUCUCAGCAACAACCCUCAGCAAAGGCCUAAAACAGCGGAGAUAGUGGGUCGGGUGGUGGGUGUGGUACUUGAACACCCUCCCUCCUUUGAGAACAGAGUGGAGAUGCUCCAGCGAGUGAGUGCCCUACUGACAGAGAAAAGGGAGCUUGAGGAAGAGAUUGUGAGGAAGAACUCGGCAAUCGAGAAGAAAGCAAUCGAGAACGAGGCACUGGCGGAGGAUAAAAGACGGCAAAAGGAGGAGAGUAAAAACGCUGUGGAGCGUAUGCAGCUGGCACACGUAGUGAAAAUUAAUCAACUCAAACUGGAAUACGAUGAACUCACGUCAUCUGGAAAUACUGCCCAUUCCAAUCCAGACCCCAAAUUCAACAUUGUUGUGUAUGGUAUCAAGGAAUCACCGAAUGGUACCUCAAGGCAAAAUCGAAUGUCGUAUGAUAGCCAGGAAGUCUUCGAUGUUCUUGAAACUGUCGACAGCGCCAUCACAGUUCAAUCAAUUCGUGACUGCUUUAGAAUAGGGAAGUACUCAAAUGGUAAACAAAGACCAAUACUUGUGAAGAUGUCUCGCUCCCGUGAAGUACAAUCAAUCUUAGCUAAGCACAGAAGUCUACCACAAAAACCGUCAAUUUCGAUUAAGCCUGAAAUGUCGUUUAAAGAGAGAGCUGUCGAGAAAAUCCUUCUUAAGAAGCGCUGGGAGUUAAUGGGCGAAGGAGUCGAGAAAGGAACGAUAAAAAUUAAACGUAAAACUCUAUUUGUAUGUAACAAAAGGCACGGGUUCGUAAAUGGAUCUGUAUAUAUGUUGUGCAAUCGAACUAAUGACAACGAAAACGAUGAAAAUACACCCCUCGUCAGGCCGAUCUAGACCACACAGGUACAGACAGCCAAAUUUCCCCUGAUAAGACUGCAAAAGUUUAAACAGUAGAAAAACAGUAGAUCUUAGAAAUAUUUUUUAUAAAAAGCAGGUUUAAAGUGGUCAGGCCAACAUUCAGGCCAACUUACAAUUUUGUAAGUUGGCCUGACCACUUUAAACCUUUGCUACGCCCCUGUGAGCAGAGAAGGUUAUAUAGAGCACCAUUAAUUAAUCUGUUUCUCUUUAGCGUUCUCUAGCUCUUAUUUACACUGAUAAGCUUUACCAUUCUCACCUUUGUCAAAGAAUACCUUUGAGGUCACCCCAAAGGAAUUAUUCUAUCACAUGAAUGAACGGGUUUAUAAUGAUGCGUGUCCAACCUCCUCUGUCAACAAAAAUAGUCCUAUAUUUUGAAUCUUGUUUUUUAUAGUAGUUCAGCAUGGCAUCAUGGCUGUCUUCCAGACAGUUAUUUUGCAUCAGGAUUGGCUACGCACGCUGCAUAACACCACUCUGUCAAAACUUUCUGGGGAGAACCUGGCCUGUGUAUAAUUAUUGUGUGUAAAUUUCAACUAUAGAUAGCAAAUACAAAAAAGAGGCUUCGUAGUCCUAUAGUUUAUGAGAUAUUACAUGUAAUUCGCCAAAUUUACCCGGUAUAAUUAUACGGUAAUUGUGA